AUGGCGGCCGACAAGCGUUCGCUGUAUCAUCUUGCUCCAACACAGACGCCUUCUCCACAGUUUAGAAAARCACUGGCUCAAGGCCGCUUYGAAACGAGUCSUCUUCAAGGAAGUCCUUACUCAGAGAGAGAAUUUAUCCCGUCAAAAGGAUAUGAUCCUGCAGAACACAAGCCUGCAGUGACCACACCAACGCUUGAGGACCAAAGACUCCAAAUAAGCUCACAAAAACUUUCUACAGAACAAGAACCCAGAUUAUUAGCUCCAGCUCAAUARAAAGAGCCUGGCCAAAAUAGACAGUUAACAUCUCCACCGGCYGUUGAGCCAUCCUCGUCACUAUCAUUAUCAGAAAAUGAUGACAGUUCAGAGCCAGUCAAAGUUCCACCAAUUAAAACAGAAGUUCCUGUUGUCGCCAACACAACAACAUCACCUGUCAAAGURGUCUGUCACUCACCUCGGCGCUCUAAGACAAUAAGGCAAGAGGAGGCUGGAGGGGAGGAGGUUAGGGGYUWUGCUGAUCAGGCAGCCAAGGUUGAUGUUCCUGGCAUUACUAAGUUUUCGAUUAGACAUACGGAAGAUGAAAGGAGAGAUUUUAUCACUAAUGAUGGAAGCUUGAGUGAAGAUAGCUUAGACAGCAUCAAGAUGAUAGCAGGCAGUCCCAUUGACCCCAAUAGCUCAGCUGUUCGUGUGGCAAUGGAUGACCARGAUAAAGAAAAUGCAGCWGUGCUUCCACCAUAUAAURCWGACCAAUACAAGAGUUUUAUGGGAGAUGACCAACUACCAAAUAUGGGUCCAUUGUCUGCGGCAUUGAACCAAUCAAACGUCAGGCAACAGCUUUUUGACUUUUCAGAUUUAGUGGCAUCYGUUGAUUCAUGUACWAUGGAAACAAGUGCUGUGGGCAGUCAAAGUAUGGCAGAUGAAAAAAAGAAAAAGAAGAAAAAAGCAGGUCGUAUUAUACCCUCACGAUACAUGGAUAGUAAAAAAGCGACUUCUGCAUCUAAAAAGASCACACAGAGUAGACGRCAAGUGUCAUUCAAUCACCCUUCAAGGGAUUACUCAUCUCAACACAACUCAACACAACUUAACAUGACCGCACCUAAUCAACAUAAUACUAGCUUAAAAAGCAGUAAAAUAGUAACGUCAACACCUGCCGUGGGGUCGUUUGGUGUUUUGCCUGGUCAUCCAGGGGGUGAUAUGACRGCACCAACACCCAUCUUAGCUCCUGGUCAAACAGCAGCAAGGGGUGUCUCUCCCCAAGUCAGGGCACGUGGUGUGUCCCCUCAUGUCAAGGMAGUGUCUUCUACCAGGACCACUGAAAGGGGUGGUAAAGGUGAAGAAAAGACUAAGAAAUCAGCAAAAAUAAAAGCACCACUUCUACCACAGAAACAACUUGAUCACCUCACAAAGCAGAAAGGACAAGAGAUUGGUGAAAUAUCACAACAACAGAUGGAACUAGAGUAUGCCAGGCUAAUGCAGUGGGCUUUUCUUGAAUCCAAGCUUAAGAGCACUUUCCAAAAACAACAAAAGGAUGCUCAGGCUCAGCUUUAUUCAAUGUGGAAGAAAAAUGAGACAUUAAGACAAGAAAUAUCUCAGUUAGAAUUGGAACUUGAUGCAAAAAUUCACUGUUCUGAAGUCGAUGAGCAGAUUGACCUGCAGCUAACUGGCUUAAAGUCAAUAGGUGGCAAUCUAGCCAAGCAAAUUCUACAUUAUGAUCAACUUUCAUCAGCACUUGAUACAACUUGUCAGCAGUUGCCRGUUAAUGAUGUUAUUGUGGACAAUCAAGAGGAAUUACUUUUGGCGCUAUCAGAGAGUGAACGACUGCUAGGRGAAAUAGAUGGCUUAACAAGACAUCGUAACCAUAAGAUAUCUAAUUUUUCCAAAGAGAUGAGUUUAUUGUCUAAAGUAACCAGGGAUGAAGUUGAAGAGCAAUCUAGAUGUCAAGAACUACUUGCAGCAGCAUCUACCCUCAGUACACAAGAGAGAAGCUUACAAGCUCAUAGUGUUYCAGUGAAUGGAAACAUUGACGAGCUGACCAUUCCAUUAACUAAGACGGCCUUACAGUGAAAGACAUCAAACUACAACAGCGAUCCAGAAAUGUAAAUAGCAAAUGUACAAAUUAAUAAUAAUAGCUUUAUCUCACAUGUGUGGAACUUUUAAAGUAAUUUUUCAAUUAUUAUCUCAGUUGUAUUUACGACGUUUAAAACGGGCGCUUGAUUCUGCAACCCCGGUUUCCCAUUUCCCACCCCCGCAUUCAAACCGGGGAUUUAAUAUUGCUUUAACAGCAUCAAUCCUCGGAGACAACAUUAUUGAAAUGUUGAUUUUCCCACUAUUGAUCAAAUGUCAAACCUGACUAGGCUAACAUGCAAAAAGCAAGUAUUAGAGAGUUUUAGCAUCACGUUGACGGCAAACGGCUAACGGCAGAGCUAAACCAAUGACCUAAGA